AUGAAGCGACCUGAAGGUCAAGAGGAACUCGAGCAGACAGCGGCUCGAGGGAUGUUGGAAGGUGCUCUUCAAAUGUUGGGGUCGUUGGAGGCUGUUGAGCAAUUGCUGUGUGAACGUCGCGAAGAAGAAGCUGUGCGGACGGUCAAUAACAGCGUUGGCGCGAAGAGAAAAUUGCUCGGUGCUGAGACGACGACGUGGAAAUUCGAAGAGCCCGCGAAGAUGGUGCCCCGCGUGCUUUGGUGGACCUUGAAGGAUCUCGACUUUGAGCGAGUGCGGAUGGAAGAAGUCCAACUCGUGGACGAUUUGAGCGAAACGUUCGGAAUGGACGGCGUCUGCGAGGCAACGUUCGAUUUCGUGAGUGACGCCACGAGUGACGUCAAUGCCGUCGACGAAGGCAACGAAUCAGGCAUACUUGCGCGAGUGUUCGAAGACGAUGCGUAUCUGGCGGAGUUUUGGCGAACCAAGAUGACUUCGAAGGUCACGUCUUGUGGAUGCUAA